GCUGUCCCCGCCUCUAAAGAAGUCUCAGAGCCUCGCCAGCCUCCGUAGGAGCAAGAGGAAUCUGGCGAAGGGUCCAGAAGUACAAGAGGUUUUUGAUAUCUAAGUGUAAAGCCUCGGAACUUCUCGUGGUUCAGGAGGAAAACAGAGUCACUAUGAGUUCUGUGAGACACUGCAGCGAACUACGGAACCCAAAGAUGGAAGACAGAGUGCUGAGGGAGGAGGAGGAGUUGAUGUCAAAGAUGAUAUGGCAAACCAUAUCAAAGCCCACAGGUCCUGACUCCCCAGCAACAAGAGAACCAUUUGAAGGAAGAAGGAAGAGGUUCCAGGACUUGGGUAUUUUCUUUCUGGGGACACCCUUUAUGGGAGUCUGAGAUUUCUGAACAGAAAUUCAGAGUUGAUUUAGUAAACACAAAGACAAACAUCCCAGUUGCUGGUCAUGUCCCAAGAACAACAGAAAAUGAUCAAGGCUCAGGAAUCACUUACUUUGGAGGAUGUGGCUGUGGAGUUCACCUGGGAGGAGUGGCAGCUCCUUGACCCUGCUCAGAAGGACCUGUACCAGAACGUGAUGUUGGAGAACUUUAGCAACUUGAUGUCCGUGGGGUAUCAAGUUAGCACACCAGAUGCAUUCUCCAGGUUGGCACGAGGAAUACAACCAUGGAGUAUAUUACACAAAAUCCGUAAUCGAGUAUUUUCAGGAAUUCAGAAAGUUGAUGAUCAUCUGCCUGAGCCCUUGGAAAAUGAAAGCUGGGUGGAUGGAAAGGAAAAAUGCUGUGAAUAUAAUGCAUUAGAAAAUGUUGUUCAUUGGUACAAAAAUCAUUUUCCUUUAAGGCACAUUCAUGGUAUGUCUGACUUACAUGAAAAAGCUGUGAAAUCAAAUUUAUCAUUAACCAACCAGAAGAGAAACUGUGAAAUAAAGAACUUUGCAGAGUUUAAUAGAGAUGAGAAAACCUAUCUCCAUGCUAACCAUGAGAAACUUUGUACCGAAAUUAAAUUCUGUGAGAGUCAAAAAUCCAACAGCUCUAAGUCUCAACUCAUUAAGCAUCAGAAGACUCACAAAAUAAAAAAACCAUAUGUAUGCAGUGAAUGUGGGAAAGCCUUCAUCAGGAAGUCUUGGUUUAUUAAUCAUCAGAUCAUUCAUACAGGAGAGAAGCCCCAUAGAUGUAAUCUGUGUGGGAAAGCCUUCUUUAAAAAGUACAUGCUCACCGAACAUCAGAAAAUUCAUACAGGAGAAAAACCUUAUGAAUGCACCGAAUGUGGCAAAGCUUUUCUGUAUGAAUCACUGCUGAAUAAUCAUCAGAAAACGCAUACAGGAGAAAAACCCCAUAUAUGCACUAAAUGUGGAAAAGGCUUCACCCAGAAGGGAAAUCUCAAUAUUCAUCAGCGAAUUCAUACUGGGGAGAAACCCUAUGUAUGUGGUGAAUGUGGUAAAGCCUUCAGUCAAAAGUCAAGCCUCAUAGAACAUCAGAGAUUUCACACAGAAAUGAAUCCCUUUUUAUGCAGUGAAUGUGGAAAAUUUUAUUCUCAGAAGUCAAGCCUCAACAGACAUCAGAAAAUUCACACAGGUGAGAAACACUUUAAAUGCGGCGAACGUGAGAAGGCCUUCGAGGAGAAGCCAAAGCUCGUUGUACAUCAAAGAUCUCAUACAGGAGAGAUACCGUAUGGCUGCAAUGAGUGUGGAGAAACUUUUGCUUGCGUGUCUUCCCUUUUAUCACAUAAAAGAAUACAUACAGGUGAGAAACAUGUAGAUUCAAUUAAGGUGGAAGAUCCUUCUACAUCAAGUCACAGCGGGUCACAUACCAGUGAUCUCAUGCAGGACAAAAAGCGAGUUAAUACAUUGACUGUGCAGCUGCCUUCUGUGGCAGCACAGACAUCAGUGAACACCAGUGGGUUCCUAACAAAUAGGAACAUAGUCCUUGUGGGACAGCCUGUUGCCAGAUGUGAACCCUCAGGAGAUAACAGAGAAUUUGUGCAGGAGAGAAACCUUAUGAAUGCAGCCAAUGUGGUAAUGCCUUUAGUGAUCAAUUACGUCUUAUUUUAUGUCACAUAAAACAGGUAGGAUAAAGUCAGAAACACUCACUGGAGAAGAGAGUUGAGCAAAAAUUUCUACCUCAUUGUAUGGCUUACAGAGUAUAUCCUGAGGGAAGUCAUAUGUAUGCAGAGACUGGGAAAGCCUGAUACAUUCAUCCUACAUAAAUAUGUGUUUUGAUAUCAUGACAUAAUCUAAUGUUAGCAAAAACACAUACACAUCACUUGUUCUGUUAUGCAAAUUAGAUGAAAGUGUGGGUUAAUGCCAGUGGAGAAAAUAAAAACUGCAUUUUUAAAACAAAAGAUAAUUGCUGUCCUGAAUGUUGCUAUAAAUGGAAAAUGUCAUGGGAGGUUGCAGUGAAGUGAAUUACUUAAUAUGGCUCUUGUAGCCAUAGUCUUUGUAAUUCCCACUCAGUGACUGGGUGGCCCCAUGCAAAUAAGGUGUAUGGAACCCUUACAAGGGGAUUGGUCAGUUUUUCCAUCCGGCUAGGCUUGAAUCAAGCCCUCCCAGAAGCGGAUGGGGGUGACCUUCCUACCACCAAGAUGAAGAGCUGGGAUUGGAGUGUGUUCUUUGGACCCAGGAUCUCUGCAAUGAGUACCUCCUAGGCCCAGGAGAUAUAUAGAGAAAGCUGUAACACUGGGGAUGGUCCAAGAUGGUGAAAAGGGGUGGCAGAGAAAUGGGAGCACCAGAAGAGUGACUGGUGCAAGAUGACGCGGUGGGCUUCCUGGCCCUCGGAACAAAGUGAUUGCAGUGGGUGUGCUGACCCACAGAGCGAGAGAGCUGAGCACUUUCAGGACAAGGCGUACUAGGUAGGGAGUAGAGUGCCUCUGAGCACUUAUUGGCAGAGCUAAAGAACUUUGUAACAUUUGCCCCCAGCAGGGCAGAGGUGGGGCUGAGGACCCGAGGGCCAGAGAGAGCCCUGCCUGCGGGCACGAUUGAGAAGCUCUCUCAACCGAAGAACUGUAUCCUGAGUUGUUCCUGAUCAUGAAUUAUAACCUGUUAUGUCCCUAAUAAACCCUAUAAGUAUACUAUGUGAGUACUGUGAGACCAUUGCAACAAAUUAGCAAACCCAGCAGAGAAGUAGAGAGUGCCUUGGGAGGGACGGUUGGUGUCAGAGUUGGUAAAAAGGUUGGAGGGAGGGUGGAGGUAUGUGUGACCUCUGCAUCUUAAGAAUCAGCCUUGGGCAGUUGAUAAUGAUUGUCCUCAUGUGAAGCUAGAGGAGGUCAGAUGCCUGUGCCAUUCCAUUUUUUACAGAGGUGAUUGAUUGUAGAAGGACAAUAUUGGAUUGGUGGGAUUUGGAGCACAUAUAGAUCAGUUUCCCCAGAUCUGUGUGAAGGAACAAUUGAAAACCAGAAUGUCUGCCAUCAAUUUUUAUAUCAUGCAACCCAACCAAAAACAAAUCUGUUGCCGUCAAGUUGAUUCUGACUUACAGUAACCCUCUAGGACAGGGUAGAACUUUCCCAUGAGGUUUCCAAGGAGCAGUUGGUAGAGUGGACCUACUAACCUUUUGGUUAGCAGCUGAGCUCUUGACCAUUGUGCCACCAGGGCUCCUCUAUCAUGCAAAGGGAUCUGAAAAACAGUAGUGUUACAUUGAGUUUACUCAUUAGGAUAAUGAGUAUUUGUUGCAUACUGCUUUUGUGCUUGGCCCUGUUUCCAGGAAAUGAGGAUACAGUGGGGAAUAAAAAAGAAAAAAAGCACAUGCCCUCUUGGAGAGAGCAUUGAAUUAGUUGGAUUAUAUUUAAGAGGAAUCUUGACACUGCAGGUAACUUAGUCAAGGAAUAAUAACACAACACCUACAUUAGGUGAUAUAGACAUGGAGUAAUUGGUACCAGGGGUUUAGUUAGAAUAUUUAAGAAUUAGAAAAUUCUAAAAAUGUAUUAUGCUAAUAUCCUGUGAAAAUCUAGUUGCCAUUGAGUUGAUUCCCACUCAUGGUGAUCCCAUGUGUGUGAGAGUAGAACCCUGCUCCCUAGAAUUUUCCAUUGACACUACCCACAGAUUGUUGGGGUAAAGACUACUUUUAAGAGUACUUAACCAUCCUAGGAAACAAGUUUUUCUUUCAAUGCCUGUGUCUUACCUCCUCAUG